AUGAUUCAAGUCUGCUUUUGGGAGCGCAUCGCAGAAAAACUACUGGAUAGAUUUCAAUUAAUUCAUCGUUUUCGUAAAUACCGCACGGACGGCGCUGAUGGAUCCGAUGAAAAACUGGAAAACUCUAAGCUGAAUCGCGCGCGCGGGCGUCGGACACGGUCGAAAGUGCGGCGCGCCAAGGCGUCGCUAAUUCGCGCGGAAUUCGGAAAGCCGCGCGCUCGCCGGCGCGGCGCGGGCAUUAUCAUAAUUGAUGAAAGCAGGCCGCACGCGCCGGCCGCGGCGGAAGAAUCGGAU